AUGACUGGGACUAUUCAGACAAGGCCAUUUACUGGGGUGCCGUUUUGCGAAAGGCACUUUCAAUCAUUUAUAUUCAACUACAUCACACGACAGAUCGAAAUCGAGAAGUUGUCAUCAACAAGAGCGAUACAAUCGGGCCCAACUCGAGUACAACCACGGAGAGUUGCAAAAGAUAAGAAUCCUCUUGGAAAGAUCACGAAGAAGCGUGAGGCAGACGAGGAGUUGCCAAAGUCUACAACAAAGAAACGGAAAGCUAACUAUACAGCCCAGAGGACCAAGAGGUGGAAUGCAUUUAUCAAAUUGGUGCAGCCGCAGGUGAAGGAGAGGUGUGAUGCUACAGAAGACGAAGAAUUCAGCUGUCCCUUUGGAUCUACUCCUUGGUCAUGCAAAAUGUGCAUAUCCGAGGUAGGCGAAUCAACUGAAGAAAAUCUGCUGUUUAUGGGGGAGCCCACGGCACCUUGGGCCAAUAUGGCACCUGACAGGCAUCCUGCAAGAAGGCUCAGCCUAUGGAAGAAUUUUGGGAUAGCAGAGUUUCAGACGUUUCAGUAUGAAGGUUUGUCAUAUGUUAUUGAUAUGUGCCGACAACCAAUGUUUAUGAUGCUAACACGAAGUGUGCAAGAAGCAUAA